UUGUUAUUAUUCAGCAGUGUGACUGCUGAAAAAUUGUUACAGCCGACAGAACACAAUGAGGAGCUCACAAAAUCCCAAUGCACAGGUAUCCAGCUUUACGUCCGUGUGUGGUGCCCGUCGAAUAUGCCAGAAGUCCAAUUUGAUUUACACGCGACCCAAGCCGGAUGUGUUGCAGAGCAUUUUGCGCUCGAAAGCCAAUCCGGAGUACAAGUCGCGCAAACUGUGGUAUGAGUUGAAUAUGCCUGAAUGCGCCAGUCACAUACUCGAUGGGAAAAUGCUGUCUAGUCUGCCGGAUAACAUUCUGUACGCCAAGCCGGAGCGUUCUCGCCGCCGGCGCACUCAGAAAAGCGAUCAAGCCGAGUCGCGGGGCAAGAGCAAUUAUAUGACUAUGCGGAUGGAGCGCGAAAACUUUCGGCGCAAGCUCGUCGAGCUCAUACUGCACAUGGACGAUGAUCCGACGACGGGGGGCCAAUGCUCCGUACCAUUUCCAGAUAAGGGCGAGCGUGAGAUGUUGCGCUACUAUUACUAUAUAAAGCAUGGAAUUGAUACGAUCCACGUCUCUGCUAUCAACAAUGCCAUACUCAAGAGAAUAUCCGCACUGGUGCCCGCAUAUCUGAACAAGUGGGAAUCGGCAUUGAAUGAGAAUAUUGCCGAGGUGCGUUCAGAUUAUGUGUUUGCCAUGAAAAAGGCUGUUGUUGAUUUUGUACUGCGAGAAUCUGUGCUAAAUCGUUUGACAAAAGAGGGUAGGGCUACUCCGCAAGAGACGGAGGAACGGCAGGAGGUCAACCGGCUUAUGAAUCACUGGCGCUAUCGCUACGAUGAGAAUCGCAGUCGACUGAAACAAACACUCUUCUGUAUUCAUCGGUCCGUGGCCAGCAUUCUGGAGCUGUGGAGUUUGAAAUAUGCCACAGCUACCCUUGUCAAUAUCGACGAAAUAAAAAAGGCCACAGAGCCGUUUGCACUUUUCAAUUUUGUGUACAUGUGCGGGGCAAACAUAGACAAUGGCAAGAGCAUGCUGGAGGAUACAUGGUACGGCGAGAUUCACGCAACGCUGCUGAAGGCCAGUAAACGGGGCCAGCUGCCAGACAUUCGACGUACUACACUGGUCAAGCGGUUCUUCAACUGCGUGGCCGCGCUGAUGACGCAACAACUGGAGGACAUUUGUAUACGCACGCUGAAGGGUUUUGCCGAUUUCAUAUGCGAUUUUGGUCAUUCGAAUCCCGGAUUUCAAAUUGCUGUCAUGCUUGCCGACGAGGACACCAUAGCCUUUAAUCCAAGUUUUUCGAAGAUGCAGAGCGAGCUGCUGCGUGUCAUCGAUUCGAUUGUGAUGGCCGUGCAGAUGCUGCCACGCAUCGAGAGCAAACUAUACACAGAUCUAAAGAUCUCGAAGAAGACAUAUCUCACGCCAGCCGUGCCCGACAGCAUUGUGGCGGACACACGCAAUCGUAUCUGUGCCAUGCUCGAGGAGCAGCGCAUUGGGCCUGAGCUACGGCUGCAGGACUUUGAUAUGUUUAUAGACCUCAUCAAUGGGAUUGACGCCGAGCGGGUGAACACCUUCAUGGAUAGCGAUGCCACGUUCGAGCAAUUCUGUGAAAUGGUCUACGAGUACCGUGAGAAGGAGGAUCGCAUUGCCAAAGAAGUCUGGGGCGUCAUUCGCAUGGGCCUAUAUGAGUUCCAUCGCGAUCAGUUUAUUACGCAUUUGGAGUCACUGGCCCGUCAGUUGCAGAUGGAGCUGUUGUCGCGCAUGGUGGCCGACCAACAGGCACGCAUUUCACGGCUCGGCAAGGAGUACGAUGCCAUUGCAAAGAAGGCCCUCACAGUGCCCAAGGACACAGCCGAGCUAAUGGAGCUGAAGGCCUAUGUGGUGCAUGCUGAGGAGAAUCUGGUGCCAGAGAUGGAGGCACGGCUUAAGGUGAACAUGAGCGAGAUACUUUGGUUGAUGGAUCACACGCUAUAUUCCCCACUGGAGAUAAAAAACAACAGCAAUUCCUUCCAGUGGUACCUGAAAUUGCCAUCUGUAUUUGAACAGCAUCGCGCUAUCAUAGCCGAAAAGAUUAUUGAAUACCAGGAGGCAUUGAAGAAGCGCAUUGACUUGUUCCGGCGCGAGCUGCAGAACUACUUCGAUCAGGUGCAGACCUAUGACACCUGGGGCGAUAUUAAGCAGCUACUGAAGUACAAGAAGCGUGCCGGCUUGCUCGAUCAACGUCUGGUGCAAGCCAUGGAAACUAUUGACCGCAUUAACGAGGAAGAGACGGCAUAUGGCUGGGAUCUGUCACAGUAUCCUGUCCGCAAGAAGGCGCACGAUCAGCUCAAACCAUAUAAAACACUGUUCGAUGCUGGACAGGAUUUCAUGGACAAAUAUGACCUCUGGAUGCAUUCACAAGUCGGCUCUUUCGAUCCGGACGAGAUAGACACAGAUGUAGCCAAUUUCUAUCGCAUAGUACAAAAGCUGGAGAAGCAAAUGGGAGACCAUCCCACCACUAUGCAAUUAAUUCUAGAUGUUAAGGAGCAAAUUGAGGCCUUCCGCGAGCAUAUGCCGAUUAUAAAUACGCUCGGCAAUCCGGGCAUGAAAGCGCGGCACUGGGAACAAGUAUCCGAGAUUAUCGGUUUCCCCAUCAAAGUAUCGCCAGACCUGACGCUGGAGAAGAUUAUCGAGUAUCAGUUGGAUGAGUACGUGCCCAAGUUUGAGGCCAUUUCGGAGAGUGCCACCAAGGAGAAUAAUCUUGAGAAGGCCAUGUCUAAGAUGGUGAACGAAUGGGAAGGUGUUGAGUUUACCAUUUCGCCAUACAGAGACUCCGGUACCUUCAAGCUGUCGGCCGUAGAUGACAUACAAAUACUCCUGGACGAUCAAAUCAUCAAGACGCAGACAAUGAAAAGCUCACCGUACAUCAAGCCAUUUGAGGCAGAAAUACUCAAGUGGGAGGCGAAGCUCAUGCUGUUACAGGAGAUUUUGGAUGAAUGGCUGCGUGUGCAAGCCACCUGGAUGUAUUUGGAGCCCAUAUUUUCUAGUCCAGACAUACAACAACAAAUGCCUGAGGAAGGACGGCGCUUUAGUGCAGUAGACAAGAUUUGGAAGGAGCUGAUGAAGCAGGUCGCAUCAGAUCCACGCGUGAUGACGGUAGUACAAAUUGACAAGAUGAAUGACAAGCUCAAGAAGGCAUAUAGCUUACUGGAGAUUAUACAGAAGGGUCUGAAUGCGUACUUAGAAAAGAAGCGUUUGUACUUCCCCCGCUUCUUCUUCCUUUCCAACGACGAAUUGCUGGAAAUACUGUCCGAGACCAAGGAUCCAACGCGCGUACAGCCCCAUUUGAAGAAAUGCUUCGAGGGCAUAGCCACGCUCAAUUUUACCGAGGAGUUGGACGUCACGGCAAUGCGAUCAAGCGAACGCGAAGUAGUGCAGCUAGUGGAUGUUAUAUCUACAGCCAAGGCGCGUGGUCAGGUCGAGAAGUGGCUGUUGGAGCUGGAGAUUGAUAUGAAAAAGAGCAUACACAACAAGAUUUCGGAGGCCUUCUACAGCUAUGUGAAGAUGGUGCGACAUGUGUGGGUGCUCACCUGGCCGGGUCAAUGCGUGCAGUCCAUAUCGCUGACCUAUUGGACCCUCGAAAUAACUGAAUGCUUCCAGAGCGAAUCGCCUAGAGACAGUCUAGAGAAAUACUUACAGAAGUGCAUACAGCAGAUCAAUCGCAUUGUAGACCUUGUGCGUGGCGACCUGAACACUCAGAAUCGCAUCACAUUGGGCGCCUUAGUUGUGCUGGACGUGCAUGCACGUGAUGUCCUUGCAGAUAUCGUCGCCAAAGGUGUAGAUGACCUACAGGACUUCCAGUGGCUGUGUCAGCUGCGCUAUUACUGGGAAGACAACAAUCUAGACACACGCAUGAUCAACUGUUCGUUGCCGUACGGUUACGAGUAUCUUGGCAACACAACGCGACUCGUCGUCACUCCGCUCACCGAUCGCUGCUAUCGAACACUAUUUGCGGCGUUAAAUCUGCAUUUGGGUGGGGCCCCGGAGGGCCCGGCGGGCACAGGCAAGACAGAGACUACAAAGGAUUUGGCAAAGGCUGUGGCCAAACAGUGUGUGGUGUUUAAUUGCUCCGAUGGAUUGGACUACUUGGCACUGGGCAAGUUCUUUAAGGGGCUUGCUUCCUGCGGUGCGUGGUCGUGCUUCGACGAGUUUAAUCGCAUUGAUCUGGAAGUGCUGUCCGUAGUGGCUCAGCAGAUUAUGACAAUACAACGUGGCAUCAAUUCGGGCAGUCCCACGUUAGUAUUUGAGGGCACGACCUUAACUUUGGACCCCACGUGUGCUGUAUUCAUUACCAUGAAUCCGGGCUAUGCUGGACGCUCUGAAUUGCCGGAUAAUUUGAAGGCACUGUUCCGCUCUGUGGCCAUGAUGGUGCCAGACUAUGCCUUGAUAUCUGAAAUCGAACUGUACUCCUAUGGCUUCUUAACUGCAAAGCCGCUGUCUGUUAAAAUCGUAGCGACCUAUCGCCUGUGCUCGGAGCAGCUGAGUACACAGUGUCAUUAUGAUUAUGGCAUGCGCGCGGUUAAGUCUGUGCUGAAGGCGGCUGGUGCAUUGAAGUUGCGCUAUCGCGAUGAGAAUGAGGACAUACUUGUCCUGCGCUCCAUUAAGGAUGUCAAUUUGCCCAAGUUCCUUAAUCAAGAUAUACCGCUGUUCCAGGGCAUAACUUCGGACUUGUUCCCAGGUGUUGUGUUGCCCGAGUCGGACUAUGUGGUCUUCAAUCAGUGUACAGAGUGGGCUUGUGAGAAGCAAAACAAGCAAUGCACGCCGUUUGUCCUGGAAAAGGUUCAGCAGCUUUAUGAGAUGAUUGUUGUGCGGCAUGGCCUGAUGUUAGUAGGCUAUCCAUUUGGGGGCAAGUCCACUACAUAUCGUGUGCUCGCUGAGGCCCUGGAGUGCAUGGAGAAAAAGGAUGGUUCGGAGAAUCGUGCGAUUUACACGGUUAUCAACCCAAAGGCCAUUACCAUGGGCCAGUUAUACGGGCAGUUCGAUGCCGUAUCACAUGAGUGGAGCGACGGAAUUUUGGCGGUCAACUAUCGUAUAUUUGCCGUUUCUGAUACGCCUGAUCGCAAGUGGCUUAUCUUUGAUGGGCCUGUUGACGCCAUUUGGAUUGAAAACAUGAACACUGUGCUCGAUGAUAACAAGAAACUGUGCCUUAUGUCCGGCGAGAUUAUUCAACUGUCGAACACUACCAACUUAAUAUUUGAGCCUAUGGACUUGGAAGUGGCGUCCCCUGCUACGGUUUCGCGCUGUGGCAUGAUUUAUCUGGAACCUAGUUCGCUGGGUUGGGAACCAUUGGUCGAGUCGUGGAAGAACACAUUGCCAGCCAGCUUUCACACUGUCAGCAAGCAGUUAAUCGCGGCGCUAAUAACGCGUUUCUGUCCGAUAUUACUAUAUGUGGUGCGAAAGGGCUUAAAAGAAAUAGCGCCCACAUCGGAUGCAAAUUUAAUGAUGAGUUUGAUGAACUUCUUCGAGUGCUUCAUCGAUGAUUUCAAGGAUGAGAAAUACGUGGCUAACAUCUCGGAUUUGGACUUCCGUGCGCAAAUCGAGGGUAUCUUUAUUUUCUCUGCCAUUUGGUCUCUAGGUGGUUCGCUUAAUUCCGAGAGUCGUGAAAAGUUUAAUAUCUUCUUCCGUGCGCUUAUGGAGAAGACAUUCCCCACAGCACUGUAUGAGACAUACGGCAUCACAGAGGAUCUGUAUGUGCCUGCACUGCCGAAGCCUUUUAUAUUCCCCAUACCCAAACAGGGCUCUGUCUUCGACUAUCGCUAUAUCAAGGAAGGCAAGGGGAAGUGGAAGCCGUGGCAGGACGAUGUGAACUCAGCUCCGGCUAUACCUCGAGACAUACCCGUCAAUCAAAUCAUCAUACAGACGAACGAGAGCGUGCGCAUUGCGGCAGUUUUAGAUUUGCUGGUGCGGCAUGGAAAGCCCCUGAUGCUUGUCGGUCCCACCGGCACAGGCAAGAGUGUCUAUGCCAUAGACUAUAUGCUAAAGCGCAUGGACUUGAACACAUACAAGCCAUUGUUGAUCAGCUUUUCAGCACAGACAUCGGCCAACCAGACGCAGGACAUUAUCAUGUCCAAACUAGAUAAGCGGCGUAAGGGUGUCUUUGGUCCACCUCUGAAUAAACGUUUUGUGAUAUUUGUGGAUGAUGUCUCGAUGCCAUUGAAGGAGAAUUACGGAGCACAGCCACCCAUUGAACUGUUACGCAUGAUGCUUGAUCACAUGAUGUGGUACGAUCGAAAGAAUAUUGUGCCCAUGAAGCUAAUUGACUUGCAAAUGAUUACGGCCAUGGGACCCCCGUCUACGGGCAAUACAGUUACGCCGAGAUUCCAGCGAUUCUUCAAUGUAAUCAGCAUUGAUGAGUUCAACGACGAUAUUAUGAAGACAAUCUUCAGCAAAAUUGUUUUGUGGCAUCUAGACACUCGCGGUUUCUCGAAGGAGUUUGAUCCGUGCAUUGAUGAAAUCGUCAAUGCCACUUUAACAAUUUAUAAUGAUGCAAAAUUGAAUUUGUUGCCGACGCCCACCAAGUCGCACUAUCUCUUCAAUUUGCGUGAUUUCUCGCGCGUCAUUCAAGGGGUGCUGCUAUCCGUGCCCGAGGCCACAGAGGACAUGAAUUCAAUGCGUCGAUUGUGGGUGCAUGAGGUGCUACGGGUAUAUGGCGAUCGCCUCGUUGAGGAUGCUGAUCGAUCUUGGCUCUUUGAGAAUCUUUGCAGCACAGUACGCAAUGCGUUCAAUUCAGAUCCGUCGCGGCUAUUUGGGCGCUUGCUCGCCAAGGAUAAGCAGUUGGAGGAGGCGGAUUUCCGUCAGCUCAUCUAUUGUGAUUUUACGAAUCCCAAAGCGGAUACCAAGAACUAUGUGGAGGUGCAGGAUCUCGAGGAGUUGCGCAGUGUGGUUGAGGCCUAUCUGGUCGAAUAUAACAAUAUGUCUAAGAAACCAAUGAAUCUAGUGCUCUUCCGCUUUGCGAUUGAGCAUUUAUCCCGAAUAUGUCGCAUUAUAAAGCAGCCACGUAGUCAUGCUCUGCUCAUUGGAGUCGGAGGCUCCGGACGCCAGAGCUUGACUCGUUUGGCUUCGCAUAUAUGUGACUAUGAGCUCUUCCAAGUGGAAAUCACUCGACUGUACGGUCCGUUCGAGUUUCAUGAGGACAUAAAACUAAUACUACGCAAGAUCGGUUCAUCGGAAAUGCAUGGCGUUUUUCUGUUCACAGACGUUCAGAUCAAAGACGAGUCGUUUUUGGAGGAUAUCAAUAAUUUAUUGAACUCGGGCGAGGUGCCCAAUCUGUUUACCAAUGAGGAAAAGAUCGAAGUUGUCGAAAAGAUGGCACAAAUUGACAAGCAACGUGAUAAGUCCGUGCAAACAGAUGGAAGUCCUGUGGCAUUGUUCAAUUUCUUUGUCACGACCUGUAAAGAUCAGUUGCAUAUUGUGCUGGCCAUGUCGCCGAUCGGUGAGGCUCUGCGCAAUCGUAUACGCAAGUUCCCCUCUAUUGUCAAUUGCUGCACUAUCGAUUGGUUCCAGUCGUGGCCAGAGGACGCCCUAUUGGCUGUGUCAACGCGCUUCCUUGCCAGCGAAGAUCUUACCGCUUUGGAGCGAUCGACAGCUAUCGAUAUGUGCAUGGAUUUUCACACCUCCACGCAGUCGCUGUCCGAGAAGUUUUUCUCGCGAUUGCAUCGCUAUAAUUACGUCACUCCGACUUCGUAUUUGGAGUUGAUACAAACCUUUAAGGCGCUACUAGGCCAGAAGCGCAACAACAUUACAAUGAAUCGCAAUCGCUAUUUGACGGGCAUAUCUCAGUUAGAUAUAGCCGCUCAGCAAGUGGGCGUCAUGCAGGAACAACUGCAGGCUCUGGAGCCGAAACUGAAGGAGGCUUCCGAAAUUGUGGCCGAGCAGGUGGCCAAAGUGACAGCUGACAGUAAAAUUGCCGAGGAGCAGAGGGAAAUCGUCAAACAGGACGAGUUAGCGGCCAAGGAACAGGCCGCUGUAGCUCAGGAAAUAAAAGACGAAUGUGAUGCCAAGCUAGGGGAGGCACUUCCGAUUUUGGAUGCUGCUCUGGCUGCUCUUAACACAUUAACUACGGCGGAUAUUGCUGUGGUAAAGACUAUGAAGAGUCCUCCCAUCGGUGUGCGCAUUGUUAUGGAAGCCGUGUGCAUCUUGAAGGAUGUCAAGCCCGAUAAAGUUCCCAAUCCCAGCGGUCUCGGCACUGUGGAGGACUACUGGGGUCCCUCAAAACGUGUACUAAGCGACAUGAAAUUCCUGGACAGCUUGCUAAACUUUGAUAAAGACAACAUACCGCCGCCUGUAAUGAAGAAACUGCAAGAUCGCAUUCUGAACAAUGAGGCUUUUGAUCCGGACAAGAUAAAGACCGCAUCCACUGCUUGUGAAGGUUUAUGUCGCUGGGUAAUUGCUCUGUCCAAGUACGAUGUUGUGGCCAAAAUAGUGGCUCCAAAGAAAAUAGCGCUGGCCGAGGCCGAGGCCUCGUACAAUACGGCCAUGAAAACACUGAACGAAAAGCUGGCCCAAUUGGCACGAGUGGAGGCCAAUUUGGCGGCUAUACAAAAGAUUUUAGACGAACAGCUCCGUCAAUAUGGCAUUUUGCAAGCGGAACACGAGGCAUGCACAAAGAAGCUGCAACGCGCACAGGAGCUUAUUUCAGGACUCGGUGGGGAGCGAACACGGUGGUCGGAGACGGCCAAAAUGUUGCAGGGUAGCUUCAAAAGCGUUACCGGCGACGUGUUGAUCUCGUCCGGAGUUGUAGCCUAUUUGGGACCCUUCACCAUUGACUUUCGCAUCAAACAAAUACGGAAAUGGGUCGCAAAGUGCAACAAUUUUGGCGUCACGUGCUCAUUGGACUUUCAGUUGGCCACUGUGCUCGGUGAACCGGUGGAGAUACGUUUCUGGAAUAUCUGCGGCUUGCCAACGGAUGCGUUUUCAGUGGAGAGCGCCAUCAUGAUGAAAAAUGCACGUCGUUGGCCGCUCAUGAUUGAUCCGCAGGGACAGGCAAAUAAAUGGAUUAAGAACUAUGAGAAGAAUAACAAGCUGUGUGUCAUUCGUCUCAAUCAACCGGAUUAUACCCGCGUGCUGGAGAAUGCCAUACAAUUCGGACUACCUGUUUUACUAGAGAAUAUAGGCGAGGAAUUAGACCCCAUUCUGGAGUCGAUUUUGCUAAAACAGCUCUUCAAGCAGGGCGGCACCAUGUGCAUUAAGCUGGGCGACUCGGUCAUAGAAUACAAUCACAGCUUCAGAUUUUACAUGACCACCAAGUUGCGCAAUCCCCACUAUCUUCCGGAGGUAGCUGUCAAGGUCACACUCCUUAACUUUAUGAUUACAUCGCAGGGCUUACAAGAUCAGCUUCUGGGUAUUACGGUGGCACGGGAACGUCCCGACCUGGAGGCGGAGAAGAAUAAUCUAAUAGUGCAGGGUGCAGAAAAUAAGCGCAUGUUGAAAGAGACUGAGGACCAGAUACUCGAGGUGCUAUCAUCGGCGGACAAUAUACUGGAGGAUGAAACGGCUGUGCAAAUACUGAGCUCCGCCAAAGCCUUGGCUAAUGACAUCAGUGAGAAGCAAAUAAUUACCGAGGCCACCGAGAAGCAAAUCGACAUUGCGCGUCUGAGUUAUGUGCCCAUUGCAGAGCACUCCACCAUUCUAUUCUUCACAAUUGUCGAGCUGGCCAACAUAGAUCCCAUGUACCAGUACAGCUUGGUUUGGUUUGUCAAUCUCUACAUGGCCUCCAUUGACAACACGGAGAAGGUCGACGAUAUCGAGGCGCGUUUGAAGGACCUGCGCAAUCACUUCACAUAUAGCCUGUACGUCAACAUUUGCCGCAGUCUGUUCGAGCGAGACAAGCUCCUGUUCUCGCUUAUAUUGAACAUCAAUCUGAUGAAGCACGACAACCGGAUUGACAAUGCUGAGUGGAUGUUUCUGUUAACGGGUGGUAUUGGUCUUGAAAAUCCGCACAAGAAUCCGGCACCCUGGUUGGGUGUGAACAAUUGGGACGAGGUGUGUCGCUUGUCGCAAUUACCAAACUUUAAAGGCCUGCGAGAGGAUCUCGUCGCAAAUACCGGCAGUUGGAAGGCCUUUUUUGACUCAAAAUCGCCACAAAAUAAUGAAGAUGUUCCAAAGGAUUGGGCUAAACGUCUGUCUAUGUUUCAAAAGUUAUUAAUCUUGCGCGUCUUUCGUCCUGAUAAAUUGGUGCCAGCCGUGCUUAACUUUGUAUCGCAUGAGUUGGGUCCCAAGUUUGUGGAUCCGCCACAAUUCGAUUUAAUGGCUUCCUUUGGCGAUUCGCACUGCUGUGUACCCUUGAUAUUUAUACUGACACCUGGUUCGGAUCCUACGGCCACAUUGCUGAAAUUUGCCGAGGACCAGGGAUUUGGCACGAAUCGUUUGUUUUCGCUGUCCUUGGGUCAAGGUCAAGGUCCGAUUGCCAUGAAAAUGAUUGACGAGGGUGUUAAGUUAGGGAACUGGGUAGUCCUGCAGAAUUGCCAUUUGGCUGCGAGCUUCAUGCCACAAUUGGAGAAAAUAUGCGAGGGACUAUUGCCGGAUUCGACACAUCCAGAUUUCCGUUUGUGGCUCACGUCCUAUCCGGCUGAUCAUUUUCCGGUCGUCGUACUGCAGAAUGGCAUAAAGAUGACCAAUGAGCCGCCAAAGGGUUUGCGCUCAAAUAUCCUGCGAUCAAUGCUGAGCGAUCCAAUUAGCGAUCCGGAGUGGUACGAGUCCUGCACACAGCCACGCAUAUUUAAGCAGUUGAUCUAUUCACUGUGCUUCUUCCAUGCGGUCAUACAAGAACGUCGUUAUUUCGGACCGAUUGGGUGGAACAUACCUUAUGAGUUCAAUGAGACCGACUUGCGUAUAUCUCUAAUGCAGUUAAAAAUGUUCUUGAAUCAGUACGAGACAGUUAAUUAUGAUGCAUUGCGAUAUUUGACGGGCGAAUGCAAUUAUGGUGGACGCGUGACAGACGACUGGGAUAGACGCACGCUUAAAACAAUUUUGGACAUUUACUACUGUCCGGAGGUAUUGGAUCUGGAAAAACCGUACUUCUUGGACGAAACUGAGCUGUACUACAUACCCGUUUAUAAGGAGGUUGACCUUUAUUUGAAUUAUACGCGCGACUUGCCACAAAUAUCGGCACCAUCCAUAUUCGGUUUUCAUGCCAACGCCGAUAUUAUGAAGGAUCAGAAGGAAACGGACAUGUUGUUGUCGCACACACUGCUAACGCAGGACACGAGUGCCUCUCACGACGACAGCGAGGACUCAAAAGCAUUGACCCCCGAAGAGGUGGUCACUAACGUGGCUACUGACAUAUUGGACAAGCUACCGAAGGCGUUUGAUCGCGACGCAGCCCUGCAGCGUUAUCCUACUUUGUAUCACCAGAGCAUGAACACUGUACUGGUUCAAGAGAUGGUUCGGUUCAAUGUGCUGCUCAACACUAUACGCACAAGUCUGAUUACAUUAAAGAAGGGCAUUAAAGGACUGGUCGUUAUGUCCGCUGCUGUGGAAGCCGUUUACAAGUCGGUAUUGAUAGCAAAGAUCCCGGGAAUGUGGGCUAGCAAGUCCUAUCCGAGCCUAAAGCCACUAGGCAGCUAUGUCACUGACUUUUUGCGGCGUUUGGAUUUCUUGCAGAAAUGGUUUGAAAAGGGGGCGCCCUCUACUUUCUGGCUAUCCGGAUUUUUCUUUACACAGGCCUUUCUAACGGGGGCUCAGCAGAAUUUUGCACGCAAGUACGUCAUACCCAUUGAUUUGCUGGUCUUCGACUAUGAGAUGCUAUCGCUGGAGGAGCAUCAAGCUCCGGGCGUAUCGGCGCCCAUAGAUGGCGUGUUUGUGUACGGUAUUUACUUGGAGGGCGCCCGCUGGGACCGUAAGAUUAAAUAUCUGGCAGAGUCGAAUCCACGGGAACUCUUCGACACUAUGCCCCUCAUCUGGCUGAAGCCCAUCAAGCGCAGCGACUUGCCUGAUCGCCACAACUAUCUAUGUCCGCUCUACAAGACAGCUGAGCGUAGAGGUGUGCUGUCCACCACCGGACACAGUACGAACUUCGUAGUCGCCAUGCUGUUACCGUGCAAUCCGAAGGUUGAGCCCUCACAUUGGAUUAUACGUGGCACGGCCUUGUUGUGUCAGUUAAGUUUCUAAAUAUCAUUCUUUACAGGACUACAAAUAUAUUUUCUAGU